GCAUAGCACACCACAUUGGUUUUGCGGGGAGACUUCCCGUACGCUGAUUAUCAAACGUGAUAUAAAAGACAAACAGAAAGCUCUCUGGACAUAGGUGAGUUACGGUGUCCGACACACAAGACCUGCAGUGUUUAAUUUUGUUUUUAACUGCAAAUAACAGAGAUACGCGGUCGAGACAUUCAGGGCAAUUAAGAAGAUGAAAGAAAAAGUGGGGACAGUGCAUGGAUACACUAGUGCGUUACUGAGAUAUUAGAAAUAGGAGAAGGCAAUAACAACUGAAAUGUCAAUAGCAUUUGAACGUGUCUUGGCAUGAAGUUCAAAAUUAACGAACUGAUAGCGCUAAAUGAAAUUUGUACAGACUUCAGCGUACGAAGAUAGCAGACACUGCUUUCGUAGAGAACUCAAGGGACUGAAAGCCAUAUCAUAAUCUCUUCAGCACAGCACGAAAACCCACAUAUGGUGUGACAACAUAUUUUCGAAGACUGUUCUGACUCCUAGAUUGGUUCUUAGUAUGGAACUAGAUCUCAGUGUUUGACCAAAAGACUUUCCGACCAUCUGAUUUGUUAAAAUUCCAACGACGAAUAACAAUCUCAAACAACACAAACAGCAGUUGCUUUUCGCUCGACAUAUUCGGAACUACAGCCGUUAGCGAUGCAGUUGCCACAUCAAGAUAUCUUACAUAUCACCAACGGAGCAUGAACUGUGGUAGUCACGCGAAGGGCCUCAUCAGUUUCCAUUCACAGAUCUAGUGUGUAAAUUACAUGAUGUAAAUAUUUUUCGAUGGUACUGUCAUAAUUGAACAUUUCUAUUGGCCACACUCUUCCGAUUAUUAAUUUCACUUGCCACAAGUAUGAUUUCGAGACUGGCAAGAAAAUUGGACGUGCAGAAGCGGCAACGCAACGGACUAUAAGUGAGCCCCUUUUAUCGGAUAUUUACCUUAAUGUGGGUUGUAUGGCGUCCCACAUGGAUACAGUCGAGAUUUUUGAACUAAAUGGCACUAAUCACUCGGACACUAAUGGUUCCAGUGUCUCCACUGGUGCGCCGUAUGUCAUACCUGCAUAUAUUAACAUCGUUGGAUAUCUGAACCUGUACACCACGCCGAUCAUAGUGUUCUUCGGACUUGUCGGAAACGUCCUGUCGUUUUUGGUUUUUAACUACACCUACUUGCAUCGUUUGUCGUCUAGCACCUACCUAGCAGCGUUGGCACUAACUGACCAAAUAUUUCUUACCAUGCUUUUGGUGGGUCCCUGGUUGCAGUCACUAAGCGCGGAGACGCCUCAAGGCAUCGACGGCUUAUGCCAGUUACAGGUUUAUUUUACAAACGUUGUUGGGUUCCUCUCCGUUGCCUAUGUUGUUGGUUUUACUGUCGAACGUUACGUGGCCGUAUGCUAUCCGCUGAAAAGGCCGGAAUUCUGCACAUCAAAACGCGCAAAAUGUGUCGUGAUUUCUCUAGCAGUGUUCGCGUGUGUAUUCAACAGCGUUUCCCUUUUCACCAACGGCAUUCGCGACGGAUACUGCGCCCCCCUCAUAGAAGAACACAUGGAGCUCAUCAUGGGAUUUACUUACAUAGACACGGUGGUGACACUCAUCCUUCCGACUGCCCUUCUCAUUUUCAUGAACAUCCGAAUCGCCACCAAAGUUGCCUACUUUUACAGCAAUCGCCAGGUGAUGCACACCGCCUCAUCAACGGAUAAACUCACUGUGGUGCUCAUGAGAUUUCAUAACGGCGUUCAAACAGUCGACACGGGGCUGUUGACACACGGGGGGAAGAGACUCCGAAGAACACAGGUAAAAAUCACGAAAAUGCUCCUAUUGGUCUCCACUGUGUUCCUUGUGCUCAAUUUGCCCAGCCAUUCCAUGAGGGUGUACCAUCUGGUCGUUACGAGCAAGCGCGAAGGGUACAGCGUUUCGCCCUUAGAAUGGGCCCUGCAGCAGAUCUUUCAGCUAUUAUAUUACACCAACUUUGCAAUCAACUUCGCUCUCUACAGUCUUUCCGGUCAAAACUUUCGCAAGGCCUUACGGAGACUUUUGGGGAAAGUGAAAUACAAAGCUAAUCGAUUUUUCACCCAUGUCGGGACCACCAUGCGGCGGCGUUCUGUAUGGUCCCGAUCGUCCCCAUUGCCGGAUAUAGAUACCAGAUUUACACCCUGACUAACUUUAAGAAGGAAAAGGAAAGUACCACUUGGACAUGUUGUUAAACGCAAAGACAGUUAACAAAAACGACGAGGAACACAACAAACAAGGACGAUAUGAACACUGUGACAUUGGCGCUAAAAUAUCUUAAUGAGCGAACGAGCACCGCAGUAGCAACCCAAGGUGCGGUAAAAGUACAGAGCGAUGACAAAAACAAUCAGCUCAAUAACUAUUUAAUCAGGGGUACUUUUAAACCAUUACGUGGCUUACUGAAUUUUUGAAACAAGCCAUUUCUCUACAAAUGUUCGAUAACAGACAUGAAGAAUAAAAGGAUCAAUGAAAUGAUCUGUCAAUGUAUAAAUUACAUGGCCCAUUGUAAACUCAUGAAAAGCUAAAGCGAAUUAUUCAGUGAGACAACUCUUUGAAUGGCACCAGUUGCGAUGAAAGAAAAGAAGGCGAUUGCAAGCUAAAUCGCUGUGACUAUUUAUGUGAUAAUAUCGUGGAUAUCUGUAGAUCAUUCUCUUUCAUAAUACGUGAUGCUCUUGUGAAAAUUUGCCGUCCUCAAAGACAGUUAACACUUGGAUAAUCAACAAAAUUCAAUUAGUGAGCAUCGGGUUUACUAGAACACGUUUAACUGUAUACCUUACGUAAGAAAAAAACAGUGUUUUUUAUUACAUGGUGCUAUAGAAAAGUCGAAGAUUUUCGACUGAAUUGCGUGAUAUAUGGACAUGUCAUCUCGUAUACAUAUACUAAUGAAUAUUAU